AGGGUCUGCGACCCGGCCCCACUCGGGCCCUGGGCGCUGCCAGAGCUCCCCGCCCCCCACCCGCCAGCCCCGCUCGCCCUGCGCAAUUCCCGGGGAGCAGCACAAGCCCGCCCGGAGGCGGGGCGGAGCCGGGGCUGGGGGGGUGCCGAACCCACCCGGCAGCUGCACCCGCGACUCCGCAGCUGAGGCGCAUUUGGUGAGGCGGUCCCGCUAAGGAGCGCGCACGGAACGCGGGACAGAGCGCGGGGCGGACAGACCCACGGACGGACGCCCCCGCACACGCAGACGCACAGAGCUUAGCGAGGCCCCGACACACACACACACGCACACUCGCGCAGACACUCACAGGGACACACGCAGACACACGCACACUCUCGCUUGCACAACCUCCCGCCAGCCUGCCUGCCCGCCCGCUCGCCGGCGCCCGGAGCCCGCUCUGGCCGGGCUGUUUUAAGAAUUGAGGUGUGCCUCCUCUCUCUGGAAAGAAGAAGGGAGAAGGCAAACAAGAGGAAGAACAUCACAAAUGAGCGUCUUGCUCCAGGCGCCUCCACGUGUCCUCUUCUGCCUGGAACGCCCCACCUGCUUUUCUCUCCUACCACAGCUGCUGGCCCCUGCUCCUCCUCCAUGUGCAUCACAGAUUUAUUCCUGGAAACCAUCCUUGAUUCUGCUUCCUUAGGGGCCUCGAGGGAGAGAGAGAAUCACGCUGCUGAUGACUCUGCGGGAGGGGCCCUGGACAUGUGCUGCAGUGAGAGGCUGCCGGGUCUCCCCCAGCCGGUAGUGAUGGAGGCGCUGGACCAGGCGGAAGGGCUCACGGACUCGCAGAGAGAGAUGCCACUGCCUCCCUCACCGCCCUCAGAGCCAGCUCAGAAGCCAACACCUCAAGGCACCAGGAGCCAUUCCCUCACUGUCAGGAGCAGCCUGUGCCUGUUAGCUGCCUCCCAGUUCCUGCUUGCCUGCGGGAUGCUCUGGCUCAGCGGCUAUGGCCCCACCUGGUCACAGAAUGCCACAGACCUCUCCUCCUCCUUGCUCACACUCCUGGAACAGCUAGGACCCGUGGCCUGGCUGGGCAUUGGGACCUGGGAAGUUUUCAGUCUGCUGCUGGUCUCUCUGUCUGUGCUCCUCAUUACCACCCUGGUGUGGCACCUCCUGAGGGCUCCCCCAGAGCCACCCACCCCACUGCCCCCCGAAGACAGGCGCCAGUCGGUGAGCCGCCAGCCCUCCUUCACCUACUCGGAGUGGAUGGAGGAAAAGAUCGAGGAUGACUUCCUGGACCUGGACCCGGUCCCUGAGACUCCUGUGUUUGACUGCGUGAUGGACAUCAAGCCUGAGGCCGACCCCACAUCACUGACCGUCAAGUCCAUGGGUCUGCAGGAGAGGAGGGGCUCCAAUGUCUCCCUGACCUUGGACAUGUGCACACCAGGCUGCAACGAAGAGGGCUUUGGCUAUCUCAUGUCUCCACGGGAAGAGUCGGCCCGCGAGUACCUGCUAAGCGCCUCCCGCAUCCUCCAGGCCCAGGAGCUUCACGAAAAGGCCCUGGACCCCUUCCUGCUGCAGGCAGAAUUCUUUGAAAUCCCCAUGAACUUUGUGGAUCCGAAAGAGUACGACAUCCCUGGGCUGGUGCGGAAGAACCGGUACAGAACCAUCCUUCCCAACCCUCACAGCAGAGUGUGUCUGACCUCACCAGACCCUGACGACCCUCUGAGUUCCUACAUCAACGCCAACUACAUCCGGGGCUACGGUGGGGAGGAGAAGGUGUACAUUGCCACUCAGGGACCCAUCGUCAGCACGGUCGGCGACUUCUGGCGCAUGGUGUGGCAGGAGCACACGCCUAUCAUUGUCAUGAUCACCAACAUCGAAGAGAUGAACGAGAAGUGCACUGAGUAUUGGCCAGAGGAGCAGGUGGUGUAUGACGGUAUCGAGAUCACCGUGCGGAAAGUCAUUCACACUGAGGAUUACCGGCUGCGACUCAUCUCUCUCAGGAGCGGGACUGAAGAGCGAGGCCUGAAGCAUUACUGGUUCACAUCCUGGCCUGACCAGAAGACCCCAGACCGGGCCCCCCCACUCCUUCACCUGGUACGGGAAGUGGCGGAGGCCACCCAGCAGGAGGGGCCCCACUGCGCCCCCAUCGUUGUCCACUGCAGUGCAGGGAUUGGGAGGACUGGCUGCUUCAUUGCCACCAGCAUCUGCUGCCAGCAGCUUCGGCAGGAGGGCGUGGUGGACAUCCUGAAGACCACCUGCCAGCUCCGUCAGGACAGGGGCGGCAUGAUCCAGACGUGUGAGCAGUACCAGUUUGUGCACCAUGUCAUGAGCCUCUAUGAGAAGCAGCUAUCCUGUCAGUCCCUGGAGUGACUUCAUUCCUCCUCUGAGGUCCUCUGGGCACCACCCAGCCUGAGCCUGGACCCUCACCCCAGCCACCCCCAGGGCCCCGCCUUGGGUCCUGGCCUGCUCCCUGCCCUGCCUCCCCCGCUUCCUUCAGCCUGGCCCCUUUCCCCCAACAUAGCUCUUCCUACUGUAUAUAUAUAUAGGGGAGUGGGGCAGGGUGGGGGAGGGAUGUGCCAGGCCAGGCCUGGGGCCCCAAGACCUGACCCACACCACGCAGACCUGGGGCCUCAGUUUUUAACGAUGGUUCCAUUGCUACUUGAUCCAAAAUGUUUGUGCCGCACUCCAAGUGUUCUGCCACUGCGUGUUCUGUCUGUCCAUCCAUCUCUGCUGUCUAUACCGGACACUGUGUCUCCUCAGCCCUGGAAAGGGGUCAUGAGCUCCAGCCCCUAAGUAGCCCAGGCAGAGGUGCCUGCCUCCGGCCCCACCCCCUCCUCCCAACGGGCAGAUGACGUUUUGCGUCCAGUGACUGGGAUGAGGGUGGGGCGAGGGGCCUGAGGUCCUGGGGGUCAGGCACGGUGGGCUUGUGAGACGGGAGAGGACUCUCAGCUGGGAGAGAGGAGUGUCACAGCCUGGGUGGCCCCGGGGUGUCAGAUGCUGUCACGAGCAGUGACCAGCCUGUGAGGCAUUGGGAAGGAAGGGGCCCGAUGGGGGCUGGGAACCCAGAGGACCUGGGCCCUGGUGGGGGCGGGAGGGAAAGGUGUAGCUCCGAGGAUGGGGUGGGGACUUGGCCCCAAUCUGUGUGAAACAUUUUUUUUGUGUUACUGUGGGAAAGCCUUCCCAGAAGUCUUGCUGCGUGUAGCUCUGCGUGUGUUCCUAUGUCCAUGCGUGUGUUGAGAGCCCAUCCGCAGGGCAUGCAUGACUCUUUGGCAACAUGUGUUAUCUUGGAGCCACGUGUUUUUAUUGCUGACUUUAAAUAUUUAUUCCACGGCAGACAGAGACACUUGAUGUCUUUUUAUAAUUUGCUCGUGGUCAUUGAAUAGAGCAAUAAAUGGAGCAUUUUGAGCAAAACUA